UGGGGGGUCUCACGAAAGAAAGUGGGGUGUAAGCAAUCGCUUAGGAACGUGGACGGGGACCCUGGGGAGCACGGAACUGCGUGGGGGGAGUCCAGCAGGCAGGUUAAUUUGGGGAGUACCAGGGAGAAAGUGGGGUGCAACACUUUGGAGUAGCUUAGCUGGAGGUCAAAUAACUGGAAGACUGCAUCAAGACUGACUCCCCAAUAACAUUUUGUGGGAUACCCAGAGUGAAGUUAAAGACUCGCUAUUUGGGGGUGACAGAAUGUAAGAAGGGACCUUCCAUACCCACUGCACCUUGAUAACCCCUGAGUUGCUGGAGCUGGAAGGGCGUAUUUGGAAGCACCAGGGAAGAAGUAGAGGUAAGGAUAAGUUUAGAGGAUACCUGGUCACCAGAAGCUAGGGCCUCUAGGGAUUUGAGGAGGUAGAUAGAGAGUGUUGACUUGCUGAAAAGGGGAGGCAUAAGCCAAGUUUAUGGUUGAUUUGGAAAGAAGCUCAGUGCCCAGCAAAUGGAACCUCCCAGAAGUUCUGGGCUAUAGGUUUUGAGAGUGAUGGGAAGAGGUAGGAGAUACAUUCCAAUCUGGGGACUAAAGGGUGGCAAAGAAGACCCCCAGUUCCCUUUAACCUCGUCACAGCUGCUGUACUAAGUGUUGCUGCCAUGGAUGAUUUGGGUAUGUUGUAGCCCUGUUUCCUUCUCACCCCUUCUAGAUUUCUUGACCUGACAGGGAGGAGCUGUGAGAUUCAUUUCUGUCAUUUCCCAUAGCGAGUUAGGGUCUGCAAAGUCUGGUCAGCGGAGAUUAUAUGGAGAGGUGCAGAAAAACGGGAGCCUUUGAGUUACAUCGAUUUAGGGCCAGAACAGUGAAGGAAAGGAGAGAAAAUUUGGGGCUAAGAGGAAAGGGAACCCAGAGAAUUGGCGGCAAAAGCUGGGGAUUCACAAAGCUUGAACCAAGUAAGAGUUCAAGGAUUCCCAUCAAGUUUGGGGGUGACAGGGGGAGAGGGCAAUUGAAGGGACCCUUUUGAAGUACUUAAGGGGGAGGGCUCUUUGGGAUACUACUUAACAGCAAAGAAUCCAGGAACACAGAGGGGAGUAUCUGGGAUAAAUUAGGGGGUACGACCCUGUUUGAGACAAGAGAUUGGAGGGUGCCUUCCUGGAGAAAGGAAAGGGCUUUCAUCCUUGAACUAUCUGCCAGUUCGGAGUGUUUUUCAAUUGGGGGAGGGGGCAUUCUGGGAGCCAGAUUGAGAUUGAGGGUUGUGUCCUAUUGAGGUGCCUCCAUACAAUUUGGGUUGUAUACCUCCAUUGUGAGAGUGGCGGUGUUAGGGGAUAUCGUAGGGAGAUUGGACUGUCCCCUAAAGGGAGGGAAGGUGGUUGGAGAUGGCGGCGCUGGCCAGCAGCCUGAUCAGGCAGAAGAGAGAGGUACGAGACCCUGGGACAAGUCGACCGGUGUCAGCCCAACGGCGAGUGUGCCCGAGGGGUACUAAGUCCUUGUGUCAGAAGCAGAUACUGAUUCUGCUCUCCAAGGUCCGUCUGUGUGGGGGGCGACGGGCGCGGCCGGACAGGGCCCCGGAGCCCCAGCUCAAAGGCAUCAUCACAAAGCUUUUCUGCCGUCAGGGUUUCUAUCUCCAGGCCAAUCCAGAUGGGAGCAUCAAUGGGACACAAGAGGAUACCAGCUCCUUCACUCAGUUUAACCUGAUCCCUGUGGGUCUCCGUGUGGUCACAAUCCAGAGCACCAAGCUGGGGCACUAUGUAGCCAUGAAUGCUGAGGGACUACUCUAUAGCUCGCCGCAUUUCACAGCAGAGUGUCGCUUUAAGGAGUGCGUCUUUGAGAAUUAUUACGUCCUUUACGCCUCUGCCCUCUACCGCCAGCGUCGUUCGGGCCGAGCUUGGUAUCUGGGUUUGGACAAGGAGGGCCGCGUCAUGAAGGGAAACAGAGUUAAGAAGACCAAAGCAGCCGCCCAUUUUGUGCCUAAACUCCUGGAAGUGGCCAUGUACCGGGAGCCUUCCCUGCACAAUGUACCUGAGACGUCUCCUACGAACGACGAGCCUCCUCCAGUCUCUUUUCCUCCAAAAACAUAACCCUGUUGUUUGGGAGCGCCCCUCAAGUCUUCCAUCAAGACAGCCACGCAGAUCCCGGACUGAACCAAUCAUUCUGGUCUCUCAUCUUGUUCCGUUCCUUCCUUGCCACUCCCCUGCCACAAGCCAUAAAUUCCUGACUUAGAAUAUUUCUUUCUGACCUUCCUUGGGUAAUUUAGGGAGGACUACCAAAGUGGUGGCCAUUAUCGGCUGCCCAACAGCUAUCUGAAAGAUUAAGGGUGACUCUUGGGCUAUUACUGCAGAACCUAAAUCCUAGAAAGAUCUUCUCUUUGGCAAUUUUCUUUAUCAAAGGACCCUUACAGGGGAUCUAGAAACAUUGCUAUAUACCAUUAAGGGGCCUGGCUAAUCACCGUAUUUUAUCCUUUUCUGCACAAGCUCUCAGAAGAUUUACCGAGAGAUGAAGCUGCGGGUUCUAAAAAUGGCUAGACAAAGCCUGGUUUCCUUGCCAUUCUUCUACAUAACCACAGAGCCACAGUCACCCAGAGCACAGACCUUUUUCUCUUGCUUAUCCCCUCAGCCUUCUGACUGUUCUGGAUGUAUUCGAAAAUCUGGACCCUACCCAGUCAAUUUGGCAUCAAAAUCUUCUGUAUUAUAGUAGAGUCACAUUGCUACCUUCUGUUCUGGGUCAUUGAAGAUUAAUGUUGUUAAUCAAGAAACCCACAUCUAGAGCACAGCACAGACAUUGUCUUGGUCUACACUGAGCCCAGUUGUAGACUACCACCAUCCUAACCUCUGGCCAGGGAAGGACCCUGUUUUAGAAUCUGUUAUGAUGUCCUGUGGUUCUAGUUUGUAGUUGAGGUCAUCCCCUUUCCCUGGAUGGAGCUAGAGUCUGAAUAGUCACAUGCUUGCUCUAGGAGAUGUUCUAAACAAUGGAUCAUGCUUCUUCCAUAAAUGCUACUUGUGAUCCAGAGAGAAUUACAUUAUAUAUGGACCAAAACCCACCUCCUUUUUUGUCUGUAGAAAGUUUUCUAAAAAUCUUAUUCUUCCAUAUAGAAAAAACCAAAUCCAUCUUCUUUUUAAAUACCCUUUCUAAAACUUAGGAUUCAGUCUGUCCCUAAACAUGAGUAUUUGCAGGGCAAUAGGCUGGGGAGUCUAGGGGUAGGGGCCAGGAAAGAAAAUUCAUAUUUAAUGAAAUUUCA